CCCUCUUAAGUCUUAAGUAUUCAAGGAGUCAAGACCACGAAGGAUGGUGGAGGGUGAAGUUGAAGGUAGAGAGAAGAUGAUCAAUAAUUCUGAUGAUAGGAUGAGUGAGCUGAAGGCAUUUGAUGACACAAAAAGUGGUGUCAAGGGUCUUGUUGAUGGAGGUGUUACAAAGAUUCCAACCUUAUUUCAUCAUCCACUUGAUAAAUUCCCAAACGCCUCCAAAACAGAGCACACCAUGAUUCCCGUCAUAGAUCUUGAAGGUGUUGCCAAAGAUCCAAUCACUCGCCAACAAGUUGUUUCAAGAAUAAGGGAGGCAUCUGAGACAUGGGGUUUCUUCCAAGUGGUGAAUCAUGGCAUCCCUGAGAGUGUUCUUGAGGUGUUGAAGGAGGGGGUUAGAAGGUUCUUUGAACAAGAUGUUGAAGUGAAGAAAGAGGUAUAUACUCGUGAUGAUAUGAAGCCAUUUGUCUAUAAUAGUAAUUUUGAUCUUUAUAGUUCACCAGCACUCAAUUGGAGAGAUAGUUUUUCAUGUCAACUGGCUCCUGAACCUCCCAAACCUCAAGACUUGCCAGAAGUAUGCAGGGAUAUACUUCUAGAGUAUGGGACUAAUGUUACGAAAUUGGGGAUCACACUCUUUGAAUUAUUCUCAGAAUCUCUUAAUCUGCAUUCAAACUAUUUAAGAGACAUGAAAUUGGGUAUUACCGAACAAAUUCGUUGUGCUGGCCAUUAUUAUCCUGCAUGUCCUGAACCAGAACUAGCAAUUGGAACCACCAAGCAUUCCGAUGCUUCUUUUCUUACCGUGCUUCUCCAAGACCAUAUUGGUGGCCUCCAAAUUCUUCAUAAUGACAAAUGGAUCGAUGUACGCCCUGUACCCGGAACUUUAGUUGUUAAUAUUGGUGACCUUCUACAGCUAAUAACGAAUGACAGAUUCAAGAGCGUUCAACAUAGAGUGCUGGCGAAUCUCAUUGGUCCAAGAGUAUCCUUUGCAUGUUUUUUGGGCUCUAGUGUGAAACCAUCUUCGAAGCCCUUUGGUCCUAUAAAAGAAUUGUUAUCUGAAGACAGUCCUCCAAAAUAUAAAGAAACAACAGCUGCAGAGUAUGUAGCAUACUUUUGUGCCAAAGGUCUUGGAAUCCCUGUUCUUGAACACUUCAGGAUUUAAAUUGGGAAAUUGAAAAAUUGGAAUUGAGGUGGUUUGGUAUAGUUUGGAGCUAGUCUUAUUCUUGGAUUGCUUAUAUAGUUAUAUUUUUUGUCACUUGUAUUUGAACAUUAUUAUCAAUUUAUCAGGAAUGUAAUUAAAAUUUUACAUUGGUAGUUAAUUAUUUAGCAGCCAAUAAGUGAUCAAUUUCUUUCUUCUU